AAUUUUUUACAAAUGUACUCCAACUGACGAUACCCUGACAUAAGCUCUGAUUUGUAAAAUUAACAAGCAGCUUCAAAUCCUCUGGGUUUGAUUAUGGAUAUGGUAAAUAAUUCUAACUGUGCAAACAAACGUGAUGUUUAUUUUGGACAGCUAAACAACGAUCAGUUACUUGCAAUUAUAAAACACUUUUCGACAAGCCUAGAUGAAUUGGAAAAUGACUUAACCGAUGCUAUAAAAUUGCAUGAUAUCCAAACGUUAACUACCGAGGAGCGCAUCAAACUUGACACAUUUUUAACCUAUAUAAACAGCACGUUGUUUUGGAUGUACCUUAAGCUACAAGGAACAGAUAUAAGAAAGCAUUAUAUUUUACACGAUUUGGAUAGAGCAAAGGAAUUGCUAGCCCGUGAACAGCAAAUUACCUAUUACUUAUCUGCACAUCGUUUGGAUUUAGCGGCAACUAAGCGCUUUAUUGCUGCUGGAAUGCACACCCGCUUUUUAGAUAUGGAUGGUGUUAUGAUGCCCGAACUUCAAUAUAAGUGUAGUCUAGCUGAAUCAGUAUGUGAUAAUAUAACAAAUAUUAAAACAACAAAAUAAUUUAUGCACUGAAACGUGUGUAAUAUAAGAAAAAUUUGGGUGAAAAUGCUUAUGAAGAAUAUUUGAUAUACAGAUUGACAAAAUACGAUGUGCACACCCUCUAGGGGAGUGGGAAUUUAAAUCUAACUUUAUUGUAUUUUGCAAAAAUUCUGUUAUAUUUUUAACUCUAUUCUAUUGUAUCCUCGCGAUGGCAAAACAAGA